AGGGUGAAAGGGACAGCGCCACUGGAGCGGCGGGGGAUUUAAAUUAUUUAAGAAACACCUGCCCCCGGCGAUGGCGAUUGUGUGCCAAAUGGGUUGCAGAGGUUAAAUUUCUCAAAUAAGCUGCACCUGACCUGUGACUCUUAUGGGUCUUAUGGUUUAACAACUUUGACGUCAGCCGGAAAGCAUGGAGAGGAAGAUUAAGUCGCAAAAACUCCUGCAGACCUGGGAAUCUGUCAGGCAAAAAAUCACAAGUAUAGACCAAAGUAUUGCCUGCAAAGUCGAGACGGAGCUGGCUGAAAAAGAUGUUAUGGUCAGCGGCAAAGGGACUGAUCUUUUGGAAACCAUUGAUGUUCUGCACGAAAGCCUCCAAACCAAAUCUGCGGACAUCCUUCCAAAGGUUUUCAAUGCUUAUUUAGCAUUCUGCCUUGCUGUCCUGAAGCACGAACAUACAAGAGAUUCAAAACUGACGGAAAUCCUAAAGGAGUGUCAACUGCAAAUUUUAAAUAUUAAUCUUCCACUGACCAAAAACAUUACCAAAAUGCGAGACAUGGUAACCUGCUCAAAAAAAUGUACCACCGCAUUGUGGAAGUCGGCAGACCAAAUGAAGCCUUCAGAACAAAACCGUCACCUCCUUUUAGCAGACCAAAUUAAUGUCAGCCUUGGACUUUUAAUGAAAGCUGUUGCUCAGUUUGAAAUGGACGAGAAGAAAGCCUGCAAAAAUCAUCAAACUGCCAUCGAGUACGUUCUUGGACGUCUUUUAUGGUGUGUCAAGGACACUGGCGGUGAAGAUCCUGGCGAGUGUGGCCAAUUUCUCCAAAUCAUGGAUGAAGUUCUUGAUUUGUUAGAGGGAAAUAGUGACAAGAAGCCAAUAGAUAUUGACAAGUUGAAAGAUACAUGCCAAACUCUACUCAGCCAUGCCUUGUCUGUUGCUCAUGUUUCCUUGGAUCAGGACAGCCAAGACAUUUUUUACAUCAGUCAAAAGGUCCUGUCAAGAGUUGAGUCUUUGCACAACGAAGGCAAUUCAAACUUGGUGAGUCUCCAGCUUGGAGCUCUUGCGGACAAUUUACUCCAGCUUGAGCAGACAGUGAACAAUGCUCUUUUGAAACUUGUCCUCGAGGUUUUUUCGGACGUUGAUGCAUCUCUUGCUAAGCUUGUUGAUGCUGACAAAUCUGAGGACUUCGAUAAGUGCAUUUCUGAUUUUGACCUGUAUGUAGACCGAAUCAUGCAAAUCGGGCUUUUUGCCAUUGCCUGCAGCAGCAACAUCAAAAGAGUUUCUGGUGUGCGUAGCUGUUUGGCAAGCAUAGAGAGCUUGGAGCCCGAAUUCGUGCCAUCGAUUCAAGCUUUGCGAUCUGGAAAAGGAGAAUCCGAGCUCGUCAAAUUUUACAAAGAUCACUGGAAAGAUGAAAUCGAGAGGCUGGAGACUCUCCUGGACCAGUUGAUUGAUCCUGCAGCAUUUUCUCAGAUAGUCGCAAAUAAAGUCAUGGCACUUCAAUCUUCCGCAACUUCUGCUCCCAAAUUGGUAUUGUGCGCGUCAAAACUACGAAGUCUGAUCUCUCAUUUAGACUCAGUUGAAUUAGAUUUGAGCUCCGAGCUGAUUAAAAAGUUUGACUAUUAUCUAGCUGAGCUUAAGGGAGCUUUGGAUCAACCGCCUAGCGAAAAGUGGGAAAGAAGGGUUCUUGAAAGAGCCCGACUUUUGAGUAAAUCCAUUCAAGUAAUUGCUCAAGAAUUAGUGGACCAUUCCGAAACCGUUGAAUCUUUCAGGAGUACAACUCCAGCCAAGUCGAGUAACACCAUUCCUACAGAAGAUGAAAGCAUCCCAGAGGAGGAACCUCAAGCUCAGAGAUCUCCACAUUCUUUGUUUAAAUUUCCUGAUAGUGUGCGUGACUUGCCUGUAGACAUCACAGAAACUUUGAAAGGCACCAAUAUUGAGCCCUUUUUCAUCGCUGGCAAGAAACUUAACAGAGAAAGAAACGUCUUGUACAAAACGCCCCAGCAAGCUAAAACACCACUUUCCAUUUUGAGGAAAACACCGGGAAAUAUUAUUUUACAUGAUCCCACAACGCCUAACACUGUGGCUAAAGAACUAUUUCCACAAGAAAACGCACAAGAAGAAGUUUCCGAAAAACUGGAAACUUCGAUGGGUUUAAAUGUCACGAAUAUUUUGGAAAAUCUGUCUGGAACUGAUGACACCUUAAGUCUUCUUGUCGGAAUUGAAGAGUCGAUGGGCACAGCCCUUGAGUGUUUCAAACGACGGCGCUUCAAAAUUGGCGCAUCUGCCCGAUCAAGAAAGUUCUCAAUUGGUAAUGGUUACAUCCCAGCACAACAUACUACGGUAGCUACAACAUUCUCACCCAGUAUUGGCAGCGAAGGUAUUUCAGUAGGGGAGCGAGAGAAGGAUCUCUCUUUUCUUCAAAAGAAAAUCGAAGAUCUGAAAACUGAUCUGGAGGAAUUUGGUAAAACUGUUUUGUCCUCCCAAAAUGGAGACUUUUAAUACGCAUUUUGAUGUUUUCAUCAAUGACUAAUUUAUAAUAAUAAUACAUUCUACAUUGUACUGGUAUUGGAAAAUAGUGUAUUUUGUAAUAUUUAAAUUUCUGUGCUUGUCCCCUUUUUAAUCCCUCUGGAGUUUUUGACAUUUUUGUCAGACCUCAAUUUGUACAAAUUUUAUUAUCAGCUUUUAUCUCAUAAUUUUUUAUCAAUAAAUUGUUCGA